AUGAAAAUUGUACUACAGGCACAAACUGCAGUCCAUCCACUAUCAACAGUAUCGAAGAUGGUACAUUCUGCAGCUUCACGACUCUCACCAGCACCGAUGGCACCUGAUAAUGUGGUCGUAGUGGAGAAGCAGGCACCAAUGUCCACACCUACGCGUGGAGACGAAGGAUGGGGUGAUAUCAUUGGCCAUUCUCAUUACAAACUCGUGCAAACGGACGAGUAUCGAGAGACUCGAAACCCGCUCGGCAUGACAAUACGCAGCCACCGACAGCACACCUGCAAAGUGUGUUCUGUACUGCGAGACAAUAGGAAGCGCGCAGCUCAGUCAUCUUACUAUUGCCGGGAGUGUGCCGACCGACGUAAUGGCGGUAUGAUCUUCUUGUGCGAUAAACCUCGGCCACAUGAUCCCAAAGAAUACCGGAAUGCUACUUGCAGUCAAAUCUGGCACUUGAUGUGGAACAACGGGGAAAGUAUCCCACAGACUGGCACAUCAUUCAUUAGGAUGCGGAAAAAGUUAAAAACUGAUUCCGAUUGA